AUGGACAACACCAAAAAUUACACUGCCACUUCAUCGUGGAUGCAGCAACCCCCCCUCACCUGGCUGGGAGGCCACGAGGUCGUCUAUCUCGUCCUUUGCCUCGGCGUCUCCGCAUAUACCAUCUUGCGCGUGGUAACUAAAGCUGGCGACAAGUGGCCCGUCCUUAAUCCAGCUGGAUUUGAGGUCAUUGGGUUGAAGCGAAGGAUGGAGUUUGCGAAGACUGCUGGCAAUUUGAUCGAGAAGGGUCGCCAGAUGUUUCCUCAACAACCCUACCACAUGAUCACGGAUACGUGUGAUCUUGUCAUUUUACCACCCAAGUUUGCCGAUGGGAUCCGCAACAACCCCGACUUAAACUUUAUUGAGAGCAUCGUGGAAGAAUUCCACGCAGCAAUUCCCGGCUUCGAGCCGUUCCGAGACGGCCGCGAGGACGAGCUCACGAAGACUGUCGUGAAGAAACAGUUGACAAAGAUGCUGAAUCAGGUUACGAAGCCCUUGUCGGACGAAACCGAUUUCGCCCUUAGACACCAUUUUGGUACUUCUUCAGAGUGGAAGGAAUACGAAAUUUUUGAAGCAAUCCUUGAUGUUGUCGCCAGGGUUUCAACCAAGGUGUUUCUCGGAUCAGACCUUUGCCGCAAUGAAGAAUGGCUCAAGAUUACCAAGAACUACACUGUCGAUUCUUUCAUUGCCGCCUAUGUACUUCGCCUAGUCCCAAAGCCGCUCCGCCGUGUAGCCCACUGGUUUCUGCCGCAAUGCCAGAGGAUCCGCCAGCAGUUUGCAGAUGCUAGGAAGCUUAUCAUGCCCGUCAUCCAGGCCCGAAGAGUACUCCGCCAACGCAUGCAGGUAGAAGGGAAGCCUGCUCCGGAUUUCAAUGAUGCCAUUGACUGGUUCGAUGAGGAAGCGAAAGGUGAACCCUAUGAGGAAGCCCAAUGCCAACUCGGUCUGUCCAUGGCAGCCAUUCAUACCACCACCGACCUUCUGACCGAAACGAUGCAGAACAUAAUGUUGCAUCUCGAACUGGUCGAGGAUCUUCGUAAGGAAAUCAUUGAAGUCCUGAGCGCCGAAGGUUGGAAAAAGACAUCGCUGUACAAUCUCAAACUUGUCGAUAGUGUUAUCAAGGAGUCUCAGAGGCUAAGGCCCGCGGCAAUGAUCUCGAUGCAGCGCAAAGCCCUACGGGAUACUAAGCUGCCUGACGGUAGUAUUCUGCCCAAGGGCCAGCGAUGCGCUGUUGAUUUGUACGGUCCGUCAGGUAUGGUUGAUAGCGAGCAUUACGAGAACCCCAGCGAGUUCGAUCCUUACCGUUUUGCACGCAUGCGAGGCCAGCCCGGACUAGAUGCCAAGUCACACCUCGUGAGUACAGGCCCAGCACACCUCGGGUUCGGCCACGGCAAGCACUCUUGUCCUGGGCGUUUCUUUUCGUCAAACGAGAUCAAAGUAGUGCUGGUUCAUCUACUCAUCAACUAUGACUGGAAGUUCGCACCUCGUUUCACACCAAAGCGUACCGAGAACGGUUUCAUUCUGGGAGUUGAUCCGGAGAACAAAGGCCUCAAGGAUACAAGUCGAUACCAUGCCUUGGGAGGACAAGUUUCUAGUUAUUUAAAAACCCCCACCUGGUGGAUUGGAUUCGCGGCGCUGGCCAUCGGGGAGCUUGGCAACUUCGCAGCGUAUGCCUUUGCGCCGGCUAUUCUCGUGACUCCCUUUGGGGCUGUCUCAGUCCUCACUGGGGCUAUCCUAGGACGAUACUUUCUCAAUGAGACCCUCGGAAUCUUGGGCAAGAUCGGAGUCUUUAUCUGCCUUCUCGGCACCACUCAGAUUGUGCUUCAUGCACCACCGAACGAGGACAUCCGAACUAUUGAACAGAUCUCGCAGCACGCCGUUCAGCUAGGUUACCUUAUUUACAUGGGCAUUGUAAUCACGUUCUCAACAGUCAUGAUCCGCAGUGUUGCGCCAACGUACGGGAAGAGCCACCCGCUAGUGUACCUUUCUGUCUGCUCAGCUGUUGGAUCAAUAGCCAUCGUUGCUAUCAAGGCAUUUGGUAUUGCUGUGAAGCUUACACUGGCUGGCGAUGAUCAGUUUUCCCAUCUCUCCACCUACGGGUUUAUGGUGUUCAUGGUAACCUGUAUCAUCAUCCAGCUGUACUACUUCAACAAGGCUCUUGCCUUGUUCCCUUUGAGCAUCGUCAAUCCCUUGUACUACAUAAGUUUUACGACUGCUACUCUUUUGUCAUCGUCUAUUCUAUUUGGGGGCCUCACUACAGUCGGCAUCGUCAAUACUUUGUCGUCAAUCUGUGGACUUCUUUUAAUAUUUGCAGGAGUUUUCCUCCUUCAGACAGACAACGCCCGAUCAAGCCUGGGGCAGCAUCUAUCCUCCGCUGUGUCGAUGGACACUGUCAAUCUUUAUGACUCUGACCGUGGCCUGUGA